CUUUUUGUUUACUAAAAUCUCUCUAUUCUUACUGUCAAAAAAAAAAAUUCUCUCCAUUCUUCUUCGCUUCCAGAGAUCCGGCGUCUCUUCGCCGUCGAUUACCCUCAUCACUCAUCUCUCCAUCCAAUUUAUCUCACUUAUAUCGGCCGUCCGGCGAGAAAUCGCCGUCACCGCUGCUGUCCCGCCUCCUCCGGUCUACUCAGCAGUAGCAGCAGUUUCAAAUUCCGGUAUUGUAGGGAGGAGCUGUCAGAUAUAGAGGAUGAGUAACACGACGGCAGGUCCCUCAAAAGUGAGGCCGGGAUCAUCCCAACCUUCAGAAUCCUCCAAGCGUAAACGUGGAAUGUUCCAGAAGGAUUUGCAGCAUAUGAUGUAUGGAUUCGGCGAUGAUGCUAACCCGCUUCCUGAGACUGUUGCACUUGUUGAGGAUAUUGUUGUGGAGUACGUCACAGAGAUGGUCCAUAAAGCUCAAGAUAUUGCAUCUAAACGAGGAAAACUUAUUAUAGAUGAUUUCCUCUUCCAAAUCCGAAAGGAUAUUCCAAAAUUCAACCGGUGCGAUGAGUUGUUGUCGAUGAACGAAGAACUGAAGCAAGCAAGGAAGGCUUUCGAGGUGGAUGAAGAGAAACUGGCUUCAACCGACUGAUAUGCAGUAUAAACACGCAUGGGUUAUGUCUCAUCACUGACUCAAAAUGGAGAUUUUUGCGUAUGAAGAUUUUCACGAUGCGACUCAUUACUGUCUUUAUAUAUGGAAAAAAAAAAGGAAAAAUCACUACUAUGUUGUGAUUGCUCAGUUCUGUAUUUUGCAUGAAUUCUAGGUUGAAAGUGCUCAUCCUAUGCUUCUAUGUUUAUACAAACUUUCAGCGUUUCUGUUUUUUCUUGUGAACUUUUGUUUUGAAUCUAAAUACACGAACUUAGUGCU